UUACUUACUUUUUACUCUAUUUGCACCCCCCUACUUUUUCAUCCAAACAACAAUUUACCCCUCCACUUACACCCUCCACCAAGUUGCACCCCCCAACAAUUUACUCCUCAACUUGUACCCCCCUCGAACUUGCACCCCCCUUGUUGCCAAACAUAGUAUGCAUGUUAUGUAGUUUGGAGUUAAUACUCAUUAUUACUUACAUAUACGGAAUACCAAUUCUAUAUUUAUUAUGUAAGACCUUUACAUAAAUGUUACUUAAUCAACACAUUACAUUGAAUACCUAAAGAUAAUUACAGGGAAUGGAUCAGGUCAGUAACCUUAUGGUGAGUAACCAUGAGUAACACGUCCACAUCAGCAUCCUCUCUCUUGGAAAACCUUUAAUUUUUCCCUCUUUAAUAUUUGACGGACGAUUUCUCAUUCAUUUUAAGUCGAAAUUUAAUUUUUUUUGCACAGUUAGAUCAGAUUAAUUGUGCUCUUCAAAAUGAUAUCCACUUUAAUAUAUUUUUUGAACAAAAAAAAUUGAGCCAUUUUUUACGAGUCUAUACCAUAUGGUAUUGACUGGUAUUGAAAUAAAAGCAUAACUAUGGUUUGAAUAAGUACCAUGGUGGUAUGAACAAACCAAGACUGUAGGAUGAUUGAAUACAUGAUAGUAGAAGUAUAUUAAUUGUCAUUUACGACUUUUAACAUUGUAUACCACACAAACCACCUCGUACCAGGGUGGUAUUGUCUGGUAUUGUGUGGUAUUUUUUGGUCCUGUAAUUUGUUCACCCAGAAAUUUGUAGCUCCAAUAGAUCAUGAUGAACUCGUCCCUUCUGUGCAAACGUUUUCAAAAACGAAGAAGAUACCAUACAAUACCACCUCGUACCAGGGUGGUAUUGUGUGGUAUUUUUUGGUCCGGUAAUUUGUUCACCCAUAAAUUUGUAAAUCCAAUAGAUCAUGAUGAACUCGUCCCUUCUGUACAAACUUUUUCAAAAACGAAUUAAAAACAAAGAAGAUACCAUAUGGUAUGCAGUUGGUACCGAGAGGCCAGAAUUUUUUUUUUCUCAAAAAAUAUUGAAAAUUGAUCUCAUUUUGUAGAGCACGAUGAACUCGUUCCAUCUGUGCAAAAAAAUUUAAAAUUCGAGUUGAAACGAAAAAGAUAUAAGUCUAUUUGGACAACCUAAAAACCAUAAUAUUGCUGGUACCCACUUUUAGCCAUACUUAGGGUAUGUUCUUCAAAUCGCAGUCGAAUCAAGAUAACUUAAACUAACGUAGUUUAUGGGAUACGAAACUAGAAGAGAGAGAUUGUGGUGUGAAGACUGAAUCCAAGUAGCAAAUCAUUGGAACCUCCCCAUCCUCCAUCCCUCGAAAAAAUCCUUACCCCAUUCUGGAUAAUACCCAAAAGACACCAAUCAAUCAAUUAACAAAACAGGGGAACCCUUCAGUCUCCCCUGCACCCAAAACACCGCUAGAUGCCACAAUUUCUUGGCAAUCCCGUAGCCGUAGUAGAACAAGAAGAAGAAAGGUAAUGGCCAUCUCCCGAUUCCCGAAUCCAUGCCGGAUUGUACCUACUUAUAAAGCAGAGCAGUCUCCACAUCCAUAAUCAACACCAAUCUUCCCAUCAAUCAAUCUUCUCUGUGUCUUUCCCUCUGUUUCUCUCUGCCCAUUUUCAUAACCUGUAGAAGAAAGAAAAAAAUGGCAGCAGCAAAGCACAGCCACAUCCCCACAAUCUGCUCACUCCUGCUCCUCUGCGCCAUCCUCCCACUAAUGGCCGCCGCCACAGCCCAACAGAGGAAGCCGUCCGUCGCCGUGGAAGGAGUCGUCUACUGCCUGAGCUGCAAGUACGCCGGCUCGGGGUCUCUGAUCGACGCCACGCCGAUCCAAUCAGCCAAUGUCAGCGUCAGUUGCGCGAAUUCCGGAUUGUACCAGAUCAAUCAGACCGACGAGCACGGCUACUUCUACUCGUGGCUCGAUGGGUCCAAGCUGGGCCGCGGGGGUUUGGGCAAUCCGAUCCAGGCCUGCACGGUGAAGCUGGUUUCUUCCCCGCUCGGGGCCUGCAAUGUGCCUACCGAUCUUAACCAUGGUAACGACGGAGCCAAGCUCCGGUUCGAGGGUAAGGUGGUGAAGUCGCCCCAUUAUGCUGUUUUCUAUGCUGCUGGUCCCUUGGCGUUUCGCCCUCAGAUGUGCGCAAAUUGACCUUGCUGCUUGCACCAUGGUUAAUGACUACUUAUUUGCUAGUGAGGUUUCAAGUUUGAUACAAGCAGAGGCUAGCUAUAUGGACAAAGGAAAGAAUAAAAGAGAUGCAGAUUUAUGUGUUUCGUAGAAGAUAGAUGGAGGACUGUUCUGCUAACUCGAAAUGAAAUAGGGCAACAAUAAGGAUCUAGUGUGUGCUAUCUGAUAGUGGUAGACUACAGAUUUGAGGCACUCUGUAGCUGGAGUACAAGGUCUUUGCUUCUUUUUGAGUUGUUCUUGGAAUUAAGGUGUAAUGAGUUG